AUGGAUAUUCUACUAAAUCAAACCAAUAGAUUAAUCCAUGAAAUUCAAAGUUAUCUUCAGCAAAUUGCCUACCAAGACGAUGAGCAAGCCAAAGUUAGUGAAAAUGGCAUUACUUGCCGACUCCAGCAAUUAUCCACAAAUUGUGAAAAAUUACAAAUUCAAGUUUCCAAGUUGCCUGCAGCUCAACGCCAAAAUGUAAAAUACCGAAUAGAUCAAGUGGUAUAUGAUUACAAACACUUACAAUCUGGAUAUAAUCAAUAUCUUCAAGCUAAAGAAACAAAGCAGCGAGAGGCUAGAGAGCGAGAAGAACUCUUAUCCCAAGACUAUAAAACCAAUCAAGAGACAGCUAUCGAUAUGGACAAUUCUUUAUUACAUAAUCGAUCACUGACAAAUGCAAAUCGACAAAUGGACGAUUUGCUUACUUCUGGUGCAAAUAUCAUGUCGGAUAUUAAUAACCAAAAAAGCAUUCUAAAGAAUACCCAUAAAAGGUUAUUAGAUAUCGGCAAUACGUUAGGAUUAUCCACGACCGUCAUGAGAAUGAUCAAUAAACGAGCUGCUCAGGAUUACAGGAUAUUUAUCGCUGGAGUUAUAGUGUGCUGCUUGUUUAUGUAUGUGAUCAUAAAGUAUCUAACAUAAUUUACUUAUUGAUAACAUAUAUAAUAUUGUACAGAAUUAGGAUUCAUUUACCUAAUAGCAGCAUAACGUUGUAUGCUUGAGUUUAUCCUAUAACGUAUAUUAAUUUAAUUAGAUGAGAAUUU